UUAUAGUGCGACUGUGGCGGCCAUUCCGAUACUGGGGGGAACUGACUUGGUGUCACUGACAUCCCUAGUGACACCAAUACAGUGAUCAGUGCUAAAAAAAAAGCACUGCCACUGUACUAAUGACACUGAGCAGGAAGCGGUUAACAUGAGGGGCGAUCAAAGGGUUAACUGUAUGCUGGGAGUGUUUUACUGGGGGGGCGGUGUGUUGGUGCUUCACUGUAAGCAAACUGCUCUGGAUGGCUGUGCUGUGCAAAGCAUCCAGAGCAGUGUGUCUGAGCUGACAGGGAGGACACGACUCUUGUUUACA